AUGAGCAGUUAUCACACUGCCAAAUAUCCGACGCCGAUCUCGACCUUGGAUACCAACCCGUCCGAGAGAAGGGUGUACGUGGUGAUCACAAGCGUUGCCUCGCACAUUGCUCAGGGCGGUCUUGUACAGGUCGCACACAGCAUCGCCGAACUGGUGGUGAAUCGGAUGGCAGAACAUAUCCACAAUGUCCACCCCGGCCCCGAGAAGAGUAAUUUGCAGGCUUUCGCCGUGCAUCCCGGCACGGUUCUGACGCCACCAUCGGAAUUGCACAACACUCAGAAGGGUGAUGUUUGGAACAAGAGCAAGCCGACUUUCCUUUUAUUCGUAUCGACAAGUGAUCCCAGCAUGGAAUACCUUGCAAAUUGGCGGUGA